CGAGUCCUAGUGGCAACUGAAAUCAAAUGCAGGGCACCUCUGCGGCUCGGUCAAGUACCUAUCCCUGCCGCCAAAGUUGCCGAAGGGUUGCCAAUGCAGCAAUGCAAUGCUACCUACCACCUAGUCCAUUCCAAGGGUGCAAAGAUAUCCCCUGAAAAGCUGGCACAGCCUGAGGCGGCUUGUCUUCGACGUCAACCUGGAUGGAGACCAGCACGGAACAUCUGGCUAAAAACUCAGCCCGGCGACGGAAGAGUGUCGCAGAUGUGCAGAGCGUCCUUAGCCGCUCAAGACAUCAGCCAGCUUGUGGUGCGACCGGCUUGCAUGCAAUCUCAGAGGAAGUGCCUUUGCCUUCGCUGGCAGCAUCUGAUCCAAAUGUUCAACCAAUGGCUCCCGCUAAAGCAGCUGAGGUCCUCAAAAAACCGCACCGUCGAUCAAGCAUGGCUGGAGUGCAAGCAGACGGUCCAAUUCCUGAGAGGAAGCCCCUUACGCAGAUUCGAAGCUUCAUGGAGGUAAAACGGAGUGAGGAGGCUUACAUUCUGAAAGCACUGAGAUUGGAAGAAAUGGUGACAACACUGCAAGCAGAUUUGGCGCAGGAGCAGUUGGAGGCACUUGGAUUGAGAACACAGGUCGUAGAGCUCAAAACCAGGUUGGGUGAGGUAGAGAAGGACAAAGACACCUUCUCAAACAGAUGCACAUCCAUAGCUUCUGAGUUGGCAACGGCGCAGCAAGAGCUCAAGGAGCUGAAGUCAGAGCUUGUGAAAGCAACCAACGAUUGCACUGCUGCCAAGACUGAGACUGCAGCUUCAAAAGCAGCUGCUGCAGCAGCUUGUGAGAGGAUGAAGGCCCUGACUGAAGUCCUCCAGCGACGUGGGACACCGUCAUUUGCAAGUGCCUCUGACAAGUACGAAAUAGUAGAGGAGAAGGAAAUGGUUUUGCAUGAGCUACAGAACUUGCAAGCAAAAGUGCAUGAGCAGGACGAGUUUGCUUCCAGUCUGAAUGAAUUACACAACCAGGUCGAAAAGACACGACAGGAGAUCAGGGCAAGACUUAGUGAAGCUUCAGCAAAAGCAUCUGCGUUAGGGUUAGCACAAGUUCAAGAUAAACCCCUCAGUGGUGCAAAACCAGUCCUUUCACUGGCAAUCGAGUCUGAGAGCAGCACGUCCUCGUGGAGAGAAGGAGAGUGCACCCCGCAGAGCAAAGUUGCUGAGGGUGACCUUGAAUUCUCCAGUUUUCAGAAGUCGCUCAGCAGACAGUUGUCGGAUCUGUCAGCUCUAAGCAGGAGAAGCUCAAUUCCAGGGUUGCAAUCUGAGGACUCGAAUGAGGGCUCCCCAGAGUAUGUUUCGCUUUUGGCCAUCCCGGAAGCUGCAAAGUCUCUUGUGGCCGUCAAGUCACAAACACAGUUUGACAGCCCAGUUGGAGCCAUGGCAGCGAGCCCUGCAUAUCAUCGCCGGAAAGCCAGUGAUGCAGGAGUGGGAUGCACUCUGGAUCUAAGCCAACGAUUUGGAGCAGAGCAAACGGAUGAAGAUCGAAGCCCCGGCCAUUCGUUGACUUAAGCAUGUGAACUUCGAGGUAGGGCACAAAAGGCCCUGGUAAUUUGUGUUGAGCAAUUGAGCCGUUCAUAAAGGUGGUGAAUACUGACCUGUGAGUCCUCAAAUAUUGUCAAAACCAUGAAAUUCGUAGAAUAAGGAUACUGUUCUUAGUAUGUCAGCACGAGGAUCUGGCAGGGUGGCCAUCAUUUGUCCAGCCACA